AUAUCGUAAAUCGACACUCAAGUAAGUGAUCCCAUCCCUCAGCGCCAUCACGGUGUUUGUAAACAUUGGCAAAAAACAUGAAUAAUUUUCUUUUUUUUUUUCUGUUUGUAACCGAACUAAUAUUUAAGUAUAACAAAGUAAUAUAGUUUGAAGGUAAGUGAAUAAAUUUUAGUAAAAAUUAAAACAUGCUGCUUGAGACAUAAAAAAUAUGGAGGCUUGACAUUGACAUCAGUUAAGUAGAGUCAUAGCAAGCAAUUUAAUUAUAAUGGGUAGUAAAAGGAAAACGUCAAAAAUAUUUGGACUAGGCUCUGGACCAGCAAAGGGCAAAAGAACAAGUACAAGGUGUGGAAGACCAACUGUAAAUUUUAUGAUUAGGAGAAAAAGGAUUAAGCGGAAGUCUCUGCCGCUGUCCCUUGUUUUAAAGAGAAUCAAACAGACAACAAUAAGUAAGAGAAAAAACACCAAAGAAUGCCAUAAAUUUUUCACUUCCGAACUAUUAGAAAAUGGACUAAAACUGAAAAUCAGAGAAAGGACAAUGCAUAAUUUAAGCCCACAAGGUUAUAGAUUUGUGAAUUUGGACUCAUUACAAGGACAUGUCAGUGAAAUAACUAUGCACGUAUGUCUGUGUCCUUCAGCAAUAGAGCUAAGUUCUAAAAACCAAUCACCAAUAAAACUUGUAAGCGAGGAAAGGAAAUUAGGACUUGCAACCGUUCUUUGUGCUCAGUGUGAAGGAUGUCAUAAACAAUUUAAAUUCUGCACUAGCCCAUCAUUGCCAGAAAGUAAAAGGUUUGAUGUAAACGUGAGAGCUGUGUGGGGAAGUAUUGCCACUGGAAAUGGACCGUCUCACUUAAAUGAAAUCAUGGGGACAAUGAAUUCACCAGGACUCUCGUCAACUUCAUUUUCAGCAAUUGAACAAGAAGUAGGGGAAUGGUGGUUAGCAGCUCUCCAAGAAAAUAUGUUACAGGUUGGAGCAGAGGAAAGAAGGAUUGCCAUGGAGAACGGAUUUUUUCAUCAGGGUAUCCCAGCAAUAACCGUAAUUACUGAUGGAGGAUGGUCGAAGCGAACCCACAAACAUUCCUAUAAUGCCCUGGGAGGAGUGGCAAUCAUAAUAGGGCAAGCAACCAAAAAACUUUUGCAUAUAGGAGUACGAAACAAGUAUUGCUAUGUAUGUAGCACUGCAGAGAAAGUCAAUACAAUCCCAACAGAACAUACAUGUUUUAAGAACUGGUCAGAAGAUAGUCAGUCUAUGGAAGCUGAUAUUGUGCUUGAAGGGUUCAAACAAGCAGAAUCCAAACAUGGCCUACGCUAUAUCCGUGUUGUAGGAGAUGGUGACAGUUCAGUUUAUGCUAGGAUACGAGAGGAAGUGCCAGGUUGGGGUAGAUAUGUGGAAAAGGAAGAAUGUGCUAACCAUACAUGCAAAUGUUUUAGGUCAAACCUGGAAAAACUUGUUUCCGAAAAUCAUCUAUAUAAAGGUAGAAACCAUUUAACAAAAACAACUCGUGUACGGUUAGUAUCUGCUUUGCGUAGUGCCAUCAGAAUGCGUUCUAAAGAUGUAGAAACAAAUCACCUCACAAAACCUGAAGCUAUUUCUCAGCUUCGUCAUGACAUAAAAAAUUCUGUUUUUCAUGUUUUUGGUUUACAUUCCAACUGCAGUAACUUUUGCAAGGCAAGAGACAAUGUCAAUCCAAUCACUCAUGACCAUCAUGUCAUACCACCGGAUCAACCAGUGGAAGAGACAUUGGAUAUAUUUGAAGAACAGGAAAAACUUUGGUCUGAAGGCUCAUCAUUAGCUGCACAGGAGGAAGCAAGAGGAGAAUCAUCUAUAGAGUACAGUAAUGUUGAACAGUAUAUAAUUCAAGACGUGACAUCAAUUUUGAAUAGAAUUGCUGAAAAAGCUCACCGUCUCAUUUCUAAUACAACAACAAAUUUAGCUGAAAAUUGGAUGAGAAUAAGGACCAAAUUUGAUGGCGGAAAAAUCUACAACCUCUGUAAUAGAGGAUCUUGGCAUGGACGAUGUUUUGGAGGAGGGCUAAGAAUGAAUUUUGGACCAAAGUGGUCACCUAUUGUUUGGGAACAGGCAACAGCAACAAAAGCAGGUUAAUUCUUUGAUGAAUACUACGCUAGACAUGAAAAAAAUCUUAUCAGUAGCAGAAAAUACAAAUCGAAACCAGACACUCAGCAAUUGAGAUGGAAGAGAAAAAUGAAAGUUUGCAAACAAAGCAACUCCAAAAAAGCUAGACAGUCUUAUGGCACUGAGGCAAUGGAUUACACCCCUGACAUUUCUCCAUCUGAUUUAUCAAAUACAAAGGACAAAUAUAUUCAGACUCAUAUUAACAUUGGUAUACCUCAAAUGAAUGCAAUAACAAAUUCUACUUCACAGCAAUCUUUGUCUGGUCUUUGGCACACGGAAAGAAGAAAACGUUUAACAGCUUCAAAUUUUGGACCAAUCAUUCGCCGUAACCCUUCAUUGAA